UAACAUAGGGAAGACACUGGUUUGAUGGAGGAGAUCUGGAUAGGGAAUGGUGGAGACUAGCACAGAACUUAAACUGAGUUCACCUGCCAACUAAAAGGGAAACUAAUGCAUUUUCCAUUUCUGGUAUUUUCACCAAAUGCCCACGGAGUGUUUGCACGUGCCUUUGAAGAAGAGGGUGUUUGUCAUCUGCACAAGCCAGGCAGGGAGGCUGAAGCAAGCUCUCUCCAACUCACUGAAGCCAAGGAAGAGGCCAGAUACUGCUGGUGCCCUGAACAGACAAUAUCUCAGCUACGAUUUAAUUCAUGGGGUCAGGCCCUGAGGAAAGGGAGAGAAACAAUCAGAAAAGCAAGGCAAGGCUGAGGGGGAAAUGAGCCUGCCUCUUCUGCUCCCUCUUGGAUUUGCCCUCACCUCCCACACACUUGUAUGCCAAUUCCAUAGUCAGGCCCCUGUUGGCAUCUCUCUUCCCAUCUUGCUGGCUGGAGGAAGGGGAAGUCUGGGGCACAGUGAGCACAGCUGGUUUUGCACAGAAAUGGGAAGGCAACUUGGGACAGCCAUGGCCUUGUGCCUUCUGCCACCUGGGGGGGGCGAGCUCCCUGUUUUGAAGAGCGGCUGGGAUUUUGGAAACGUCGCUUUGAGGACUGGUUGUUGCUGCAGUGAAGAGAGAACGGCCCUGAACCUGCUUCAUGAUGCGCCUGCAGACUUCCUGCUGCCAGCGCUGUGCUUUCGCAAUGCAGUCACCUCUCCCAGGAAUGCACAGAGAUCCCACACCCUAUUUGCUAUCACUGCCACACCCCUCCCAAGACAGGGCAAUCCAAACCUACAACUGGAAAGCUGGUGUUGAAUUUAAGCCACCCUGUGCAGCUGAGGAACACCCAGACAGGACCAUGUGCUGUUAUUUCUAUCUGUUUCAAGACACUUUCUCCAUUUUACCCAAGCAUUUCUAAGAGCUUUCUAUUUGUUUAGAUGUAGAAUGAUUUGACCACGUGCAGCCUAUUGAGUGUGUCACGGGAGCUGCAGUGUUUCCUGUAGUAAAGCACCUCCCUCUGCCAAGUCCCCGUGAGCUGAGGCUAUUGCCCAAUGAAGGUCACGUACAGCAGGGAAACAACUGCUGAGUUUGUAUUGGUUGCAUCUCCGGGUCAUUCUCUUCACUAUGACUUCACCAAGUGAAGUAGCCUGGGAUCUGGGCUGUACAACAUAGCCAUGCUGGUCCUCUUUAGAGCCAGACUGCUGCGCCUACAUGGGAGAGCUCUGACUGCCCCAGCAUGGUGGGACUGCUUCCCAUGCAAGCACCUCUCCCCUUCAGGUAGUGGUGGAUGGAGGGAGAAGCUUCACCAAGGGCCAGCCCAGGCCAUCUUACUGUUUUCUUCUUUUGUUAUGAAGGUGGAUUAUGACGUUUGCAGCAAUUACAGCACCUGGUUAUGCAGCACUGGUAUUGGCAACCACCCCACGCACAACAGGAAGUUUAACACAAUUAAACAAGGUCCAGAUUACGAUAGCAAUGUAAGAUUUCUUUGCCUGCCUUACCGUGAGCAGUGCAGCAAAGCAGAGUUCCAGGGACCAGAGAUCAACCUGCUGUGUGGAUACCGCUGUUGAAACAGCUCUUUAAUCACUUUGCCAGCAGUCAGGCUGGUUUCUCAUCACUGUAUAGGAAGAUCUAUGUUCACAGUCUGCUGCAGUCCCCAAGGAGGUCGGUGCUGUGUGCACUCUCCCUGCAGUUGGUCUGUGUGCUCUGCGUUUCAUCAGCAUUUCUUCCACAUCCCAUCACUGUCACACACCCAUUUCCUUGAGCACAGAGCAGCUUCUUGAAGAACUCAGAAGUGACCAGAGACCAAAGGUACUGCUCACCUGGCACCUCAGGAUGUGCUAGAUUUAACCGGUGACUUCUCUGACUCUCUGCAAGAGGUGGGAACUCAUAAAUACCCUCUCCCACUGCUUAGCCUGUCCCGUUGUUCCUGUCCUGGGCUAUGUGUUUGCACACUGUUCCCCUGCUUGGAGAGUUGGCAGCUUUGUCUUUUGCACUGUAGCUGGCAGAAUUUAGCAAGGAAUCAAAAUUUUGUCCAGGGGACACAUAAGUAUAGUUAAUGGGAGAGAUUCAUGGGAAAGGGAGGUUCAUCCAGCCAAGUGCAGAGGUGUGCAGCUAAGCUAGUCACCCUAGUUUCCAUCAGUCACUGGAAAGAAAAGUAGGCUUCAUCUUGCCUGGUCCUAAGCAAGGCAAGUGAACUGCACCCAAAAAGGACCUCUGUCUCCAUCCACUGUCGGCAGAGCAGACACAUGCAUGGAUGAUCUCUGAAAGCCUCUGCUGGGCUAAACCACCACCGGAUUCGGAGGGACAGAAGGAAGCCAGAGUCGGUGCUCAGUUCCCAGUCUGUGCACGAGGUGGGUGUAAAACCAGGUGACUUCCUACCGUGCUUGAGUGCAUCCAGCCUGUACCAAGUACCAGGACAAGUAAAUGCAGGGGCUAGUCCUUGGAUUUUGCUUUUUGGAUGGAUCUGCCCUCUAGAAUGGGGACAGAUGAAGAUCUGGAUCUGGUGACACAUCAAGCAUGUGUCAGACUUGCAUCUGCUGACCGGGCUGCUGCUUUUCUUGGGGAUGGGUAAGGAAGGAAAAUGCUCUAUAAGUACAGGAGGAAGAGAAGGAAGUGAAUGUAACCACUGUUUGCAUACUUCAGGGGUUUUCAGCAUUUUUGCCUUCCCUUCUGCAUCCUCCUGAGUAAAGAUACUUUCUGGAGGCUCAUAUUUAGUUGUCAUGCAAUGUUCAGUGAAGAAUGAAACAUCUCAAUUUCUGGUUUCAAUUCCAAGGUGUGGUACCAAAGUUCUCAGGCUGUAUUGCUUUGACACGAGUGGAAAGUAUUGCUGAAGAAAAGACUUCUGCAGCCAGUCAUGCUAUUGAAGGGCCUGGAUUAUUGCUAUUUUGUUUAAGAAUGCAUCACAAAUCAGAAAAAAGACUCUGCAAAGGAACUUCUUGGUGAGGCGCUGGUUUGAGGCAGUGAUGGAACCUAAAUCCCAAAAGUUCCUCAUUUAAUCAGGAGUUCCAUCUUUUCAGCUCUGGCUUUCAUUGCUAUACUGUGGAAGAACCCAUGAACACUUAAUCCCCCAGGACUGAGCAUGGGUUGGAAAUACAAGCCCACAUCUUACUGGAAAACCAGGUCAAGACAAGAACUGGGCCUGUCAGGUCUCCCCUCCUUUUUGCCUCUUAUCUGAGGGGUAGAUGACCCACAUGCACAUUUUUCUUUUUAAUACUGCAUGCCAAAGCUGUUUUGUGCUCAGCUCUGUGACCAGAACUUUACUUUUCAGCAUCAGGAAAUACCUCACUGUUCCUCUUUCAUUUGCAGCAGGGAAGAAGUCCCCUGCAAACACGCCAGUGAGCACAAGGAAAGAGGGGUAGAUAGAUUACUUUUCUUGCAAGAAAGAUGUAUGAUGAAGGCCAGAGAAGAGCCCAGUGGGAGCUUCUGCCACUGGAGAUGCAAAUGUAAUAGUUAAUCUAUUUGAAGUUUGGCAACACUAAAGUAAGUAGGGAUCUGCCUCUUUCAGUGUUCCCGCAGACACAAGUGCAAGCAGAUAUUUGGAGGUUGUGUACAAGCACUAUCAGAUCCCGUAUUUUCAAUUUGGUGCUGAAGCUGCUGCUAUGAGUUCUUAGGCUGCCUCAGCACACCCUCAGAAGUGCUGAGGGUCUGAUUCCUAGGGACCCGUCUUGCUCUUAAAACCCUUUGGGUAUAUGGCUAAUAGUGACGAACCGGAAUGGUGCGGCCUUUCCGUUUCGAGGAGGCGUCACUACUUUGCCAGUGCCUCUUGCUUACAGCCAUUACAGCUCAAUCUCCACCUCUUUUUGUAAACUGGAGCAGAUGGUUUACGCAGCAGCUUUUCAGCCAGAACUAUUUAUAGUGAAUUCUCUCAGGCUAAUUUUUCAUUUUUUUAAACCUUUGAAACUGCUGAUCAUUACGCAAUUAAAGGUUUUAUGACUGGAGCGUUUUAUCUUCCUCAUUUUCACUGAUGCAACAGUCAUCCAUGAACACAGUGAGACUUCAGGGGGCACUGUGUUGUCUGUAGUACUUUGGAGAAACAAUAUGCUUCUUGAAAACUGGUCUGGAGUCACUGCAGCACCUGGGCUGCUUUUGGUACCAGCAUGGAAGCAGGAAACUGUUUAACUCAGCUCCGGUGACCACUCUAAAAGAGUCUUGCAGCCACUUCAAGCAUUUUGGUUUUAUGCAGAAUUGAGGGAAUUGGGAGAUAGCUGUGCUGUCAUGGAGGAUAGAUGCAGAGCCCAGGUCUGAACUCUUCAAAAGAAGUAGACCCGUCUCAGUGGAAGGGACUUAGUGCUGGAAAUUACUACUCGGGAUCCUUUGGACUUCCUUGUAAAGAAUAAUACCAAAGUUCUGUUAAAUCUAUGAACACUUAAUGUAGGUAGACAGGUUCAGGACUGCACUGAGAAAAGAACCAACGAGCGGUUGGACGGGAUGAUUUUGUAGGUUUUUUCCAACCUUGGUGAUUCCGUGAUUCUAUGAAAAGGAAACAAGUGAUGUGAUGUGAUCAUCCCCCAUUGCUGGAUGCCAGGACCUGAUGAGGAGAUGAGUAGCUCCUGAUGAGGGAAGAUGCUCAGCUUCAGGGGCUACUGCUUAAAAGAAACAAUCAUGUCCCAAAUGAAAAACCGAGACAAAACAGUGGCCCAGAUCAGAGGCUGAAAGAGUUGUGGUCGUUCGGCGUGGAGAAAGCUCUGAGGAGACCUAGCAGCAGUUUUCUAGUACCUCAAGUGGCCUACAGGAAAGCUGGGGAGGAACCCAUUAUCAAGGAGCACAGCGAUAGGACAAGAAGUAACGGCUUUAAACUAAAAGAGGGUGGGUUUAGAUUGGAUGUUGGGAGGAAAUUCUUCACUUAAAGCGCAGUGAGGCCCCAGCGCUGCUGCCCAGAGAGCUGAGGGUGCCCCAUCCCUGGAGGCCAAGGCCAGGCUGGAUGGGGCCCUGGGCGGCCCGAGCUGGGGGAGGUGUCCCUGCCCACGGCUGCGGCUGCGGCUGGGUGGGCUUUGAGGUCCCUCCCAAACCCAAACCACACAGCGUUCGUCGGUGGGGCGAUGUGGGGACACAGCGGGCACCGGCCUCAGCACCGCGCCGUGUCCCAGGUCCGUUUCUGCUGGCACGGAGCAGGAGCCUCAUCCCCAGCAGGCCGAGCUGCCUCACACCGCUCUCCCCCAGCCCAAGUGCUCUCGGGGGGCUCUCCCCAGCAGCCGGCGAGGCAGGCGCGCAGCCGGGCGGCACACGGCGGGGCGGCAGCGCGACGAGGAGGCGGGGCGAGGCGGGAAGCGAAAGGGCCGCGGCGGGGGAAGUUGCGAGAGCGGCGCGGCCAUGGCCACGGUGCCGGCGGACGCGGGCUCCGCUCCCGACUCCGAGCCGGCGCCGGCGGACCUGCACGCCGUGCCCAUGGUGGCCCUCAACUACGGCGUGCGGCGCCGCCUCGGCCUCUACCUCAACCCGCGGGCGGCGACCGCCGCCGACUGGACGGCGCUGGCGGAGGAGCUGGGCUGCGACUACCUGGAGAUCCGGCGGCUGGAAGCGCUGCCCGACCCCACGGCCGCGCUGCUGGACGAGUGGCAGAGCCGCUGCCCCGGCGGAGCCACCGUGGGUCAACUGCUGGAGCUCCUGCGGCAGCUGGGCCGCCACGACGUCCUGCUGGAGCUGGCCGGCAGCGUGGAGGAGGACUGCAAGAAGUACUUACGAAGGAAGCAGCAGGAGACUGAGCGGCCGCUGCAGGUCCCAGCGGUGGACAGCAGCGUGCCGAAGACGUCCGAGCUGAUGGGCAUCACCACGAGGGAUGAUCCGUACGGGCAUGGAACGGAGAUGUUUGAUGCCUUCAUCUGCUACUGUCAGAAGGACAUUCACUUUGUCCAGGAGAUGAUCAGAGAGCUGGAGCAAACGGAGUUCAAACUGAAGCUGUGUGUAUUUGAUCGGGAUGUCUUGCCAGGAACAUGUGUGUGGUCCAUCAGUGGAGAACUCAUAGAAAGAAGGUGUCGGAGAAUGGUGGUCGUCGUUUCAGAUGAUUACCUGGAAAGCGAUGAAUGUGAUUUUCAGACCAAAUUUGCUCUUAGUCUUUCCCCAGGUGCGCGUCUCAAGCGGCUGAUUCCAGUCAAGUGCAAGACCAUGAAGAACGAGUUCCCAAGUAUCUUGCGGUUCAUUACAAUCUGUGAUUACACCAAUCCUUGCACCAAAAAAUGGUUCUGGACAAGACUGGCAAAAUCUCUCUUGCUGCCAUGAUGCAAAGUUUUGAGAGCCGCGUGCUCUGUUUUUUAAUCUGUCCUGGCUGUGCCUUCGGACCACGGUGUUCCUGCAGCAUCUCCUGCCACUGCAGAACUUGGAUCCUCGCAGUCAGUGUUUGGAGCCUGCAGCUGGGAACAAAGAAUUUCCUCUAGCACUUUUUCUUAACUUGGAAGGGGAAAUAGAGCAACUGUGUGGGUGUUCCUAUUCAAGUCAGCGAGCAACAGCGUCCAGC